CACUGACAACAUCACGCGUAUGCAGAAAUGCGAAGGAAACGCUGUUAAAUAUAUGUCAAGUGUUCAGACAUAAUUAGUGAUUGUUAAUAUUUUGUGAUUAAAAGUAACAUUCCGCAAUGUCUACGGUUAAGAAAGGAAGUGCGAUUUUCUCGGGAUUCAGAGCACUGGGACUUUACUCAAAUCAUUUGGCGCACGUGGUUCGCUUCCAUAAGAAACACGGCGAGUUCUAUGUGGUCACUGCAGUCGGACAAUGUUUCCACACAUACAAUGUCAAGAAACUUGGAAUCGUUGCAGUCAGUAAUUCCCUCCCAGAAGAUAUUUCAUGCAUUGCUGCCGAUCGGAUGCUUGUCUAUGCUGCACAUGGAAAACGUAUUUCUGCUUUUGCAAAAAACAAGGAGGUUGUUCACACGUACACGGGCCAUGAGAAUGAUGUGCACCUUUUGUUACCUUUUGGGGAUCAUCUCAUUUCGGUCGAUAGGGAGAAUGUUGUCAUCAUUUGGGACGUUGAAUCUGAAGAUACAUACCUGCAGAUAUCAUUUGAUAAAGUGUCUUUUGAGGUCUCUGCUGUGAUGCAUCCGAGCACCUACAUAAACAAAGUUUUGUUUGGAAGCAAUCAGGGGAGUCUGCAGUUGUGGAACGUCAAAUCAAAUAAACUCCUGUAUACAUUCCCGGGAUGGGCAUCGGCUGUUACUGUUCUUCAACAGACUCCAGCUGUUGAUGUUGUGGGUGUGGGUUUAGCAACGGGCCAGAUCAUCAUUCACAAUAUCAAGAUUGAUGAAACACUUAUGAAGUUCCAACAAGACUGGGGUCCAAUUACAGCAUUAUCCUUCAGAACAGACGGGCAUCCAAUAAUGGCAUCCGGUAGUCCGAUCGGACACAUCGGACUUUGGGAUUUAGAAGAGAAGAAACUAGUGAGUCAGUUGAGAGACGCUCACACGACUGCCAUCACUGGCCUCACGUUCCUUCACAGCGAGCCCCUUCUGAUCACCAAUGGAGCAGACAAUGCCAUAAGGGUCUGGAUUUUUGAUGCGGCUGGAGGAGACGGCCGUUUGCUGAGACAUCGGAUGGGUCACAGCGCCCCACCAACAAAGAUUCGGUUCCACGACCAGAGCAGCAUGCACAUACUCAGUGCCGGUCAAGACGGUACAUUGCAAUCGUUUUCAACUGUACAUGAAAGAUUCAACAAGAGUUUGGGACAUGGCAGUCUCAACAAAGCAAGGGCUAAAAAGAAAGGUGUGGCCCAUGACACUGCCAAGCUUCCGGCCAUCGUUACUUUUGCCUCAGAAACGGCACGCCAGAGUGACUGGGACGGCAUUAUUGCGUGUCAUCGCGGUUUUCUUGUGGCAACAACAUGGAAUUAUCAGAAGGGUUCAAUUGGUGCACACAAAUUGGAGCCAGAACGUUUCAAUAGGAACAGGGCACUCAGUGUACAUGCCACAGCUGUGCAUAUCACCUCCUGUGGCAACUUCGCAGUGAUCGCCCUGUCUUCAGGACACAUUGAUGUGUAUAACAUGCAGUCAGGUCUACAUAGAGGACAUUAUGGAGAAGAUAAGGCCCAUGCGGGGCCAGUGCGAGGGGUUGCUGUGGAUGGUCUCAACCAGCUGACUGUUAGCAUAGGCGCGGAUCACCUCCUGAAAAUCUGGAAGUUUAAAUCCAAGGAGCUCAUACAUACGCACAGCCUGCCAACUGCUCCAGCAUGCUCACUGCUGCACAGAGACAGUGGAAUGCUCGCCAUUGCUCUGGACGAUUUUGUUGUGAACAUACUGGAUAUGGAGACAAGGAGGAUUGUCCGCAAGUUUUCUGGACAUCGUGGGCAGAUCAAUGAUAUGACAUUUAGCCCAGAUGGACGCUGGCUGAUAACAGCAUCUAUGGACUGCACCAUCAGAACAUGGGAUCUUCCCUCAGGCAGUUUGGUCGACUGUUUCCUGGUAGAUGCGGCAGCUGUCAGUCUCAGUAUGUCCCCUACCGGGAACUUCCUGGCCUCGUCGCAUGUCGACGGGCUGGGUGUAUACUUAUGGUCCAACAAAACACUUUGCGGUAUGGUGUCAUUGCGCCCUCUACCUGCAGACUAUGAACCAACUGUGAUCAUGCUGCCAGGGACCUGCCCAGUUCAAGAUACAGAGGAAGAUGAUGUUGUGGAGCUUGACAGCUCUGAGAUGGCUGAAUACAUUUCACCAGAACAGCUGGCUGAACAGCUUAUCACACUCUCUCUCAUCCCGGAUUCACGCUGGAAGAACCUUCUGCAUUUAGAUGUCAUCAAGAAACGAAACAAACCCAAAGAACCUCCAAAACUGCCCAAAGCUGCACCUUUCUUCAUUCCCACAAUUCCAGGGCUUGUGCCCCAGUUUGCUGUCCCUGACACAACCAAUGAGGGACAGUCCAAAGUUGUCAACUUGGGAGUGUUGUCACAGAAGUCCACCUUCUACAUUCAGCUUGAGGAUGCUUUAGAAAACAACUCUUAUGAGGAGCCAGUGAAGCUGUUUAAAGAGUUCGGCCCCUCUGCCGUUGAGACGGAGCUGAGGGUCAUGUCUCCAGAGAUGGGUGGAGAUGUCAAAGUUAUGCAGAGUUUCCUCAAGAUGAUCAGAAGCAUUCUUAAGUCUAAUAGGGAUUUUGAUCUGGCUCAAGCUUGGCUAGCAUUGUUUCUUAAGCUUCAUCUUCGACUAAUUGCAGAGCAUCCCGAGCUGUUGGAGGAAGCAGAGAAUGUGUCUCAACAACUAAAAGAAGCAUGGCUCACCGUUGAGACGCUACUAAACCAAAACAUUUGUGUAUUGACGUAUAUUAAGAGUGCACUGCUGUAAAGCUCCUUUGAGCAUCCUAGAAUUUUUUGCCAUUUCUAAGAAUGUUUGUAUCAGACUCGAUUUUCUUACCUUAGAAAUUAAAAGUAUACAAUAUGUUUAUGUAA